AUCCAACUACAUGUGUUUUGCGCACGAUCUAGAAUUACUGUAUAACAACAACACCAGAUUGUCACCACCUGAACAUCUAUACACAGUGCACGAUAUCAAGUUAACUACCCUUCCACACAUCAUCGCCAUUCCCAAACUCGAGCCUCAGACAACUCUUAUUAAUUAUUAUUAUCCUCCGUCGAUGAUAUCCUAGGAUAGUAACAAGAAAGGCACCAGCAGUCUCACAUUCCUUCACUCCCCAAAAGCCAUGGCUGUAGAUCCCAGCCACGAUUUCCUCUCUUCAUCCGGUAGCACUACUAUCUACACGCACUCAACCGAUCUAGCCAGCCGAGGGAAAAGUAAUCUGCACAUAGCGUCUCUAAAAUUCCCAGAGCUACAGCUUCGCUUGCCGGUCGAAGAUGACGCUGCAGCACUCCUACGCCUCUUCACCGACCACCGCAACAUCCAAUACGACAAAUCAUGCAGCGGUCUCGACACUCCCACCGCCAUCAGCGCCUUGAUCAAGCAGUGGCUGGACGUAAGCCAGCCACUCAAGCGCGCUAACAUCGUCGUUGUUGUCGAAGGAAAGACAGUUGGCACAGGUGGCCUGGGCUGGAUCGGGCGUCGGAAGUCCGACGGCAAGUUGAUUGGGGACGCGGGCAUGAUGUUGGACUCUGACCUUCGGCGUAAAGGGUAUGCGUACGAGGCAUUAUGUAUGGUGAUUGAUCAUGGUUUCCGCGUGCUGGGUAUGGACGAAGUGCAUGUAUCGUGUGUGGACGCAAAUGUCGCUUUUAAGGGCAUGAUGAAUGUGAAGUUUGGGUUUGGAGCGCAGCCCAUACAGGAUAAGAUGUUUGGCAAUGAGUGGAUAUGGCGGGUUACUAGGGAGAUGUGGUGCGCGAGUGAGCAUUCUGAUGAAGGGCGUGAGAGAGAUAUCGUUACUUGA